AUGGAUUUACGAAACAUUCCCUACCGUUCAGACGUGGUUAUGUGGAACCCAGAUGACUUAGCAGAAUAUUUUAGGACGUUAAAGUAUAAGGACUGUGAGAAAGUUGUGAGAAAGCACAGCAUAAAUGGACAAAGGUUUUUGAACAUGUCUGAAAAUGAUAUUCAGAAAUUUCCCAAACUCAGAGUGCCAAUUGUAAGUAAACUAAGUCAAGAAAUAAACAGAAAUGAAGGGAGGCUAUCUUUCUUUCCAAAAUGGGCCCAAACACAAAAAUGUCCUGAAAAUCCAGGAUACAGUCAAGAAGACGGUGGCUGGUCUUCAUUUGAUGAAGAUGAUGACUAUGAAAGCCCUGAUGAUGACCAGGAAAAGGAAGACGAGGCUGACUAUGAAUCACCAACAGAAGAACCUGAGGAAGCAGAACAUGACAGUGAUGGCUAUGAGCCACCUCCAUCCAAUAAUGAUGAAGCACACCACAAUGUCAUAUUUCCUGCCAAGUCACUUGCAAACAACACAGAUUAUAUAGACAGACCUCCAACAACUAGAUCAUCACAUCAGCCUCCAGUACCUCCCCAGCGACCUGGUCCAUCCCCAGUACCAGCUUCAUUUGGGGGAAGAGGUGCUUCUCUGCCAGCUUUUCCUCCUCCACCAAGCAACAAUGACUUGAGUAGAGACAGAAAUAUCAAGCCUUUGAAACCCCCAGCUCCUUCUAUAGACAGAAGCACAAAACCUCCACUGGAUCGCCUUGCUCCACCAUUUGAAAGAGAAAGCCAAGCAUCAGGGAGGAAGCCAAGCUUUCCUGAAAAGCCUCUGACUUCACAGCUAAGAUCCCUAGGGGAACAGCUAGCAAUGAUGCCAAAACCUCCUGUGCCACCAAGUGACAGAUAUGAAAGAGGCAAUCCAUCUCCUCUUAGGAAGCAAACCCCUGUAAAGCAGGGUUGGCCACCACACAGAAAAAAUGAAGAAGAAGACGACACUGCACCCCAAAGACCAGUGCCGCAGCUAUCUUUGCCCCCAUACAGCUCCAAUACAUUCCCAUCCAAAUCUGUCAAGCCUCCACCUAAGCCAGGAUCCAACAGUAUGCCUGGUGCAGAAAGGAGGGAAAGCAUAGGCACAUGGAAGUGUUUCGGUGCUGCGGGCAACAACAGCAGAUCUCCUUCAAGAGGCACAGCUGACAUAAGACCUCCAUUGCCAAUUCCUAGCAGACAGACUGUUCACCAAACGAAUGUGGAGGAAGAUGAGGACUCACUAAAUGAUGAAUGGUACGUUGCUUAUGUUAGCCGCCCAGAAGCAGAAGCAGCUCUUCGAAAAAUAAACAAGGAUGGAACAUUCUUGGUAAGAGACAGCUCAAGAAAAACUGCUACUCAUCCAUAUGUACUGAUGGUGUUGUACAGAGAUAAAGUAUACAACAUCCAGAUUCGUUACCAGGAGCAAAAUCACAUAUAUUUGUUAGGAACCGGCUUAAAAGGAAAAGAGGAUUUUUCUUCUGUAGCAGAUAUCAUUGAUUACUUCCAAAGAACACCUCUUCUUCUGAUUGAUGGAAAAGACAGAGGUUCAAGAAACCAGUGCAUGUUAAAAUACGCUGCAGGACAUAUGUAA